UGGACGCAUUACUAGGGCGACGGGCCGGACGCCUCCCCGCUCCGGGAUGAAUUAGCGGCGGGUUCUGCCCGGAGGUUGUGACCCCCAAGGAUUGUCCAGGCCGCCCACGCGCCCCCAGCGGCGUCGCGUGUGGUCCCCUGCUGGUCACAGAGGAGGAAGCUGAGGCACAUGGAAGUUUAUUUGCCCCACAUCGGACAACUAGCAUUGUGAUUCCGGCUGUGUUCUUAACCACCAUGCGUACCAUCCUCCUGUAUCAUACAGAUGUGUUAUGUGUUAAGGGGAUAUUUGUGAACAAGUUUUCAACAAAGUAAUUUUGUUUGUGGGUUUUAGUUGUAAUGUAUAAAUAAUAACCAUAAUUCAUUCCACUGGCAUCUGAUUUAUAUUGUGAUGACUACAGUUACUUUGGUUAAAUGGUAUAUCCAUCCUACCUUUGCUGCCCAUUAUUUAAAAAAAGUGUUUUAAAACAAAAAGUUGUGACUGAUUUCUAACAGGAAGUGCAAUUAAAUAAGGAAGAUUUUAGUUUUUAUUAAACUUUAAAUUUGUUGAAUGCCUUUUAAAAAGAAAACUUGUGUUAGGUUCAUUGCUUUGACAUAUUUGUACUAAUUUUUCUAGUCUCUAUUUAUAGAAAAAAGUGAUAGGAAUAAAAGUGGCUGGGACAUUCAUUCUUUCAUUGAGCCUUUGUGGAAUUGCCCUGCAAUGUACCUGGAUUCUAAAGAUUAAUUCCUGACCUUAGUCUUGAGGAGUCCAGGGAGAAGCCCCAGGUCCAGAAGUUUGUAGACUAGUGAAUGAGACACACAAAUAAAUGAUUAACUCACGCAGUGUGAUAAGGACUCAAAUAUAGUUGUGCUGAGUACAGAGAGCUGUGGGAACACAUACAAGGGAACAGUUGCUUCUGCUGGGGUAGCCGUGGUCCAGAGAGGAAGGGAACUGACUGCAGGAUUACCAGAGAAAGGGCCUGUAGCCAAAGGAGGAAACAGUGCAAAGUCAGGACAGAAUCAUGGUGUCAUGGAAAGGGAUUUACUUUAUACUCACACUGUUUUGGGGAAGCUUUUUUGGAAGCAUUUUCAUGCUGGGUCCCUUUUUACCUUUGAUGUUUAUAAACCCAUCUUGGUAUCGCUGGAUCAACAACCGCCUUGUGGCAACCUGGCUCACACUUCCGGUGGCAUUGCUGGAGACCAUGUUUGGUGUAAAAGUGGUCAUAACAGGUGAUGCAUUUGUUCCUGGAGAAAGGAGUGUCAUUAUCAUGAAUCAUCGGACAAGAAUGGACUGGAUGUUCCUGUGGAAUUGUCUGAUGAGAUACAGCUACCUCAGAGUGGAGAAAAUUUGCCUCAAAGCCAGUCUCAAAAGUGUUCCUGGAUUCGGUUGGGCCAUGCAGGCUGCUGCUUAUAUCUUCAUUCAUAGGAAAUGGAAGGAUGACAAGAGCCAUUUUGAAAACAUGAUUGAUUAUUUUUGUGAUAUCCGUGAACCACUUCAACUCCUCAUAUUCCCAGAAGGGACCGAUCUCACAGAAAACAGCAAGGCUCGAAGUAAUGAUUUUGCUGAAAAAAAUGGACUUAAGAAAUAUGAAUAUGUCUUACAUCCAAGAACUACAGGCUUUACUUUUGUAGUAGACCGUCUAAGAGAAGGUAAGAACCUUGAUGCUGUCCAUGACAUCACGGUGGCAUACCCUUACAACAUUCCUCAGACAGAGAGGCACCUCCUCUAUGGGAACUUCCCCAAGGAGAUACACUUCCACGUCCACCGGUACCCAAUAGACACCCUCCCCACAUCCAAGGAGGACCUCCAGCUCUGGUGCCACAAGCGGUGGGAGGAAAAAGAAGAGAGGCUGCGCUCCUUCUACCAAGGGGAGAAGAAUUUUUACUUUACUGGACAGACUGUAAUUCCACCUUGCAAGUCUGAGCUCAGGGUCCUUGUGGUCAAGUUUCUCUCAAUACUAUAUUGGACCCUGUUCAGCCCUGCAAUGUGCCUACUCAUAUAUUUGUACAAUCUUGUUAGGUGGUAUUUUAUAAUCACCAUUGUCAUCUUCAUGCUGCAAGAGAGGAUAUUUGGUGGACUGGAGAUCAUCGAACUUGCAUGUUACCGUUUGUUGCACAAACAGCCACAUUUAAAUGCAAAGAAAAAUGAGUAAGAUUGUAAGGUUCACAGUGUAGAAACCUAGGGGAUAUUUUGGAAAUGUUCUAAGCCUUUGUAAACUGAGAUGCAUUUUUUGCAUGACUGUCAAAUAUUUCUUACUAUCAUCGUUAUUUGUUAAAGAUAUUUUGCACUUAGUUUUGUGGAAAAAUAUUGCUACACACACAAAUUUUUUUUUAAAUCUCUGAAUGUAAUUUCAAUAUGCGUAGCAGGGAGCAAUUGCUGUGAAAUAACUCAGGCCAGAGGAUUAUUAAACAAUCAUCAGGCUGUUCACAGACAAGGUACACACAAGAUUUUCUUACAGGCCCAAUUCUAUUUCCUAACGAACUCCCGGGACAAGAAGCGCAUGUGGGGCUCGUGAGUGCUGGCCCAGAUGGGGUGCUGGCACUUGACUCUGAGGUGAGGGCCCUCCCUUCUGGCCCCGUCCCUCAGCUGUGUCCCCGUGCUCCUUUCUUUGCCAAACCAUUACAUCCAUAAGACCAGAAAACCGAAGCCCCUUGUCCUUGCACUGACCAAACAUUUUGAUAGAAGCCCUUCAUUAUUCAUAAAAUCUCAGCAUUUAGCCUCACGCCAAUAUAGACGUCAGAAGACCACCUGUGCCGUUUUUUCACGUGGAAAAUAAGACCUGACCGUGUCUCAGGGAGCAACCACAGGCUCUCCACUUAGAAACCUUAAUUUGAAUUUUUAGAUAGGAAUUAAUAGUUUAGUCCCUCGCUUCCACGUAAUCUUGGUUUGUUACAGCUUGUUGGCAAGGGUAGCUUUGGUGUGUUAAAAAUGAUACACAUCAAGUCACUUUUUUAAAGGAAAGCAUAGAAGAAUGUUCUGUUAUUGCAGUCAGAAACUCUCUUUUGAAGUUAUGUCUUCUGAAAUAUUUCUUUAAAACCUGCCCAAAAAAGGAAGGUUAUUGUAUUUUCUCCAAGCGCAUGGGUAUCUAACUUCUGCCAUUAAAAUGACAGCAGCAACCUCUGCAGACAGGGUAGUAAUGGUUUAUCCUAAAUUAUUCAACCCUGUAGCCUUGACAGAUUUUACUCUUAAAACCAAAUGAUAACACAAAAAUGACUCUUUUUUAAUGAUAGCAAGGGAUCUCUCUCUUUUUUAGUCCCAGCCUUCCUCUUUCAGUAGUGAAAUUUAAACCCACUUUUGACCAAUUGUUCAUGUAAAUAUUCCUGUCAUUUGGUGUCAAUGGAAAAUCUAGCAAACCAACAGCUCCAGUCUCCUUGUGAGGCAAAAGAACUGUGUGGUCAUUGUUUCCACUCUGCUGGAGCUGUGCACUGCUUUUUUUGUCAUGUAAUGGGGAUGCUGGUCAGAGCAGCAGAAAAUAUGAGGCAAUUAAAAGUCUUUAGCUGUUAGCAAACCUGUCAGCUUUACUCUUGCCUUGAACCAGCCUCAAAAGCUGUUUAUUGCUUUAUAGACUCGUUUGGCAUGAAUGCCUUCUCCUUAAUUACAUCGCAGUUUUGCUCGACAGUGACUUUUACCCAAUAAUUGAAACAUGCAUUGCCAUGAAAGGUAAGCACAUCAUGAACUGAACUCGCCGAGCAGAUGCUUUCGGAAAGUACUGGUUGUGGCAGAACACUGUUGACACAUCACUUUUAUUGGAAGAGUACUAACUAGCGCCUCUACUGAAAUGCACCAACUAUAUUUAACUGCUCCGUCGAGGCGGCUUUGAAUCUUGCCAGGAGCUACUAAUUAGUUAUUAUGCACAUCUGCUCCAGACCCAGCUCUUUAGCUUCGUGGUUUUUAAGGGGUUUUUUUUAACCUUUUUUUCCUUAAUAAAAGAGGCUUCUAAUUUAGGUUUCUCUCAGACUUCCUUUGGUUAUAUUUGGAAACACGGAAAUAGUUUAACAAUCAGGAUUGCAUUUGUCCUGGGUAAAAGAGAAAAGCUGUGUUUCCACCCCACAGGUUUUUAUAGUGCGGCCCCUCUGCCCUUUCUCCAGCUUCUUCUGGCUCCUUGUUCAAACUCUAACUUCCAUUUAAUGGCAUAUCCUCUUUAACUCUCUGAAACCUGUAAAAGGGGAAGUCUCUUUUCUUUUCUUACAGGCCCAAUUCUAUUUCCUAACGAACUCCCGGGACAAGAAGCGCAUGUGGGGCUCGUGAGCGCUGGCCCAGAUGGGGUGCUGGCACUUGACUCUGAGGUGAGGGCCCUCCCUUCUGGCCCCGUCCCUCAGCUGUGUCCCCGCGCUCCUUUCUGUGCCAAACCAUUACAUCCAUAAGACCAGAAAACCGAAGCCCCUUGUCCUUGCACUGACCAAACAUUUUGAUAGAAGCCCUUCAUUAUUCAUAAAAUCUCAGCAUUUAGCCUCACGCCAAUAUAGACGUCAGAAGACCACCUGUGCCGUUUUUUUUCUUUUGAUCAUAAAAAACAUGUUUAAGAUAAAAUGCAAACUUUUUUUACUUCCCAAAAUUCCUAAGCACUAAAACUGAAGAAUAUAGACAUUGUACUUGCCUUAAGAAUUAGGAAUUAUUUCAAAAAGAAGUUUUUUGGAUUUUUUGCAAUAAGGGUUCUUUUAAAAUUGUAAUUAUUUGUGUUUUCCUACGCAUUUAUCUUUUCUCUUAUUUAAAAAAAUUUUGAAGAAAUAUGCAUGAUUUGAAACUUAGAGCUGUCUAAAAUUGGUCACAAAAUGUCAAGUAGGAAUUUCGCUUCGGCAUUGUGCUUGGAGUCAGGAAUGACCCCCUCCCCACCAUCCUGCUUCAUCACUCUGCACUCAGCAGCUGCUUGUCUCGCUGCAUCUAGACACGCUCUUCUUGCUCAACACCCUCACAGUCCUUGGAAGGUCAACUCAAUGGACUUCCAAAUGUUUACAGUGCUAUAUGUCCAAUUGUUAAAUCUUUACCAUUCGGAAACACUUGAAUUAAAGCAAGUGUGGUUUAUAUGGGACAUGAACCUUCAUACUUAGAAUAUGUAUCUCCAAGGAAAGCGCUGACUAGGUCACAGCUGCUUCCACCAGACGUCCUUGAUGAAAGGAGCCAACGCAAUUGUGAAGUUCACUGGGAGAACAUGGUCAAAGACUAAGAGAAAAAUAAAUUGUUAGAGCCCAUAAUUUCAAACUCCUAAUAAAAUCCUUGCUUGUUUAGUAUACUAUUACAAUGCAGAUUAGGGGAAUAUAGCUUCCACUUGAGUCACUUUGAAAUCAGUUACUUCCACAGUUCCGUGUCGGAAAUUGUACGUGGUAGCCGAGGGUGAAUUCUGCAGAGAGGAAGACAUUCCCGUCUCACCUGGACUCACCCGACCACGAUGCCCUUGUGCACUUUUAUAAUAGAGACUCUAAUGGAGGGAGCCUGUUGGUGUUAAAUUGUUUACACUUUAUAAAAAUGUGUUUUCAGUGCCUUAGUUACGAUUCCCUUUCUUUUUCUUGUUCCAAGAAUUCUGCAAUGUGUUUCUUAGGGAAAAUUCUCUUUUUGCUACUCAUUGGGAGGAAAUUGGUUUAUAAACACUGGUCACUGUGGUGAACACUGCUUUGUGAUGGCACCUGGAGAAGAGGGCUUGACCCCGAGGGGGCGGUUGCCUUACAGCCGUUAUUUAUGCUGUAGAAACGAAAAUGGUCUUGUCUUGAUGAGCUUCAGAUCAGAUAUGGCUCUAAAGUUGUCUGGUACCUACUUUAAAUUCAGAAGAGAAUCUUGGUUUUGGUGAUUUAUUUUUUAAACGAUCAUUAUGUACAAAACCCAAGUUUUAAAAAUAACUCACAGAAUGGCCUUAGUUUUCAAUGUCCACUGUAUGUUUGUGAGUGGUGUUAUCUGUAAUAUACAUCCCCAAAUAAAGUGGAGUGAAUUAGAGUGUG